AAGUUAUCGAUAACUUACUUGCAACACUUUACAACCAAAACAAAAUAAUCACAAAUUAAAACAGUUUAGGAUGCUAAAGUGAAUGAGUUUUUAAUAACAUAAUGGCAAAUCGUACAGUUAAAGAAGCCAAAAAUAUCCAUGGAACAAAUCCACAAUAUCUUGUUGAAAAAAUUAUACGUUCUCGCAUUUAUGAUUCGAAAUAUUGGAAGGAACAGUGCUUCGCGCUCACUGCCGAACUGUUGGUGGAUAAAGCUAUGGAGCUCCGAUUCAUCGGUGGUGUUUUCGGCGGAAAUAUAAAGCCAACGCAAUUUCUUUGCCUCACACUUAAAAUGCUACAAAUUCAACCAGAAAAAGAUAUUGUGGUGGAGUUCAUAAAGAAUGAAGAGUUUAAAUACGUCCGUGCACUGGGGGCAUUUUAUUUGCGUCUCACUGGCAGUGCUUUGGAUUGUUAUAAGUACUUGGAACCUUUAUAUAAUGACAAUCGUAAACUCCGCCGUCAAAACAGGGCAGGUCAAUAUGAAAUUGUUCAUAUGGAUGAUUUUAUAGAUGAGUUGCUCCGCAGUGACCGUGUGUGUGAUAUAAUAUUACCGCGCAUACAAAAACGUGCAGUGCUUGAAGAGAAUAAUGAACUGGAACCGAAAAUAUCCUCACUCGAUGAGGAUUUAGAUGAUGAUGUGGUUAGCGAUGAAGAGGGUGGUGCAGAUCGAGAUGAUGACAAAAUUAAAUCGUCGUUUUCUUCCAAGAAAAGAUCACGCAAAGAUCACUCACGUUCACGUUCGCGUAGUCCUAUUGCUGCGCGUGAGCAAAGAACUGGUCGUACGCGUGAUUAUGAUAAUGAGUUAGAAGAUUAUAGUCGACAACGUGAACGCGAUAGAGAUAGAGAUCGAUUUGGUGUCAGUUCGGCAUCAAGCAGUAAUCGCCAUUGGGAUGAUCGUUCUGGUGGAACAAAUAAUUAUCGUGGUGGACGUGAUGAUUAUAGAGAUGACUACAGGCGAGACGAUUAUAAAGAUCGGCGUUAUGACAACCGUGACUCUCGAAAUGAUCGGGAUAGAAGGCGACAUUAAUCACUUUUUGCUGGUACUUUAAUCCCAAAACUGUAUACAAAUAUUAUGCUUUUCCCUCUACUUAACCGUUACAACAAUACCAUUAAGCAUUUGCAACGUUCCCAGGACAUUCGGGCCUAUAACGGGAACGAAACCUUAUUAUCCUGCCAAGGACUUUCAACUCGGCCGUUACAAGAAAAACAUUAAGCCAUGGAUAGUAUUUCGCAUUUUUGUUUAGUUUCUAGCAUUUGUUUUCUCGUUCAAAGUAUUUGUGAAUUAUAUUUCAUAUCCGUAUGUAU